CUUCCUGUGCCGGGACGGGGCUGCUGAGAGAAGGGCUGAGCCGCGUCCUGCAGCUCGUGGCUGAGCGGCCCUGGGCCCCGCUCGGCUGGGAGCAUCCCUGAGCUGAGAAGCAGAGCUUGAAUGAAGGGCUCUCAGCAGGCCUGCCCAUUGCUAUGCGGGUCUCCCUGAAGCGAUCCCUCACGGCUGUGUUUGCAGCCUCCUUCCUCCUCCUCCUCCUCCUCCUCCUCCUCCUGCACAGGGGCAGCUGGCAGCAGCAGGAUUUCCAGCAGGUGGAGUUUAGGGAUCCACCUUCAGACACAGUCCUGAAGAUACUGAAGCAAAGAGCCCUGCACAUCCACCAGGACACGGACAACCUCUCUGCUCUCAACAACAUCUCCUACUACGUCCUUGCUGGUUCCCCAUCACCCCACAAAAAGUUCUUGGCUGUGGGACUGUCAUCAGUGCGACGCCCACGUGGCUAUUACCUCCCAGACACGCUGCAGUCCCUCUUCAAGCAGUCAUCAGAAGAGGAGCUGCAGGAGAUGGUGGUGGUGGUGCACCUGGCCGAUGCAAACCCCAGCUGGAACGCCCAGGUGGCCGCUGACAUCAGCCAAAGGUUCGCUCACCACAUCCUCCUGGGCCGGCUCGUGCUUAUCCACGCUCCCCAUGAGUUUUACCCGACCCUGGAAGGCCUCAAGAGAAACUACAACGACCCAGAGGCACGGGUGAAGUUCAGGUCCAAGCAGAACGUGGAUUACGCCUACCUCGUCACCUUUGCUGCCAACCUCUCCUCCUACUACUUGAUGAUUGAGGAUGACGUGUUGUCUGCCAAGUCCUUCUUCACCGCCAUCCGCAAAGCCGUGGCCUCCCAGGAAGGCUCCAACUGGGCCACCCUUGAGUUCUCCAAGCUGGGCUAUAUCGGGAAGCUCUACCGCUCCAGUGACCUUCCUCGCUUGGCUCGCUUCCUCCUCCUUUUCUACCAGGAGAUGCCCUGUGACUGGCUGCUGGACCACUUCCGCCUCCUGCUUACCCAGAAGGACGUGAUCCGCUUCAAGCCCUCCCUCUUCCAGCACAUGGGCCUCUACUCCUCCUUCCAAGGUAACAUCAACCGACUGGAGGAUGACGAGUUCAAGGCCGAUGCCAUGGACCUUCCAGACAACCCACCAGCGGCCGUGUUCACCAGCAUGCUUGUCUUUGAGAACUAUGAGCCCUCCAAGGCUUACAGCACAGCAAAGGGAUAUUUCUGGGGGAAAAACCCAGCAGCUGGCAGCAUCUUCUGCAUUGUCUUCCACCAACCAGCCCGUGUUACCCGUGUCCGGGUGCAGACGGGCUCCAAUGAGCGCCAUGGGGACUUCCUGCAUGCGGGGGUUCUGGAGCUGGGCCAGAGACGGCGGGCUGAUGGCCGGGACUGCUCUGUGUACACCACUGUGGGCACCUUUGAGAAAGGGAACUUAGAGCGGCGGGGGCUGGAGAAGGGAGCACCCAACCCUGUGGAGUGUGUGAGGAUCCGGGUCACCCAGAGCCAGAGUGAGUGGCUCAUCAUCCAGAGCAUCGAUAUCUGGACUGCAGGCACCUGAGCAGGGCUGUGAUGGGUCACCACAGUGGUUGGAUUUUGCUCUAAGAAGAGGUUUAUUUUUCUCAGUCCCUUUUUUGAUGGAGAAUUAAAUUAUUCAG